AUGGAAGUGCACUUCGACUCGGCAGGACAGCGCGUCUCGGUCUUGCCAAACGAGACGACUGCAGGAGGCGUCGAGAUGCUGAACGACAUGGCGACGCGUGCGACGUUGAUGACGGCGAUCCAGCGUUUGCAAUCGUUGCUGACAAAGACGGUCGUUGCCGCCUGCCCAGGCCGCGUCAUCGACUUGGUGGUGCAGUGCCUCGCAGCGUUGCCGACGGAGACGAUUGCGACGGUUGCCGAGGUGCAAAAUUUGCACCGUGCUCUGCCCAACCCGAUGCAGAACGCCGUGGCGCCGCCGCAUGCGGCGUUGGCGGCGGCGAUCGACGGUGUGCAGAAGCUGGUGACAAACUCGGCCGUUGCCACGUGCUCAGGCCGCGUCAUCGACUUGGUGGUGCAGUGUCUCGUUGUCUUGCCGGUGGAGACGAACACGGCAGUCCUCAAGGUGCAACAGCUCCGCUACUCUUCGGCCAACCCGCUCAUAGACGGACAUAUGUUGGAAGCGAGUUCGCCGAAGGAUCUCGUCCCAAGUUUUGAGGACGUCAUCGACUUCUUCACGACCCGCUUCCGAGAUCACGAAGCAAUUCAGAGCACGAUCGACGAGCGGCGCAUCACGUUCAUGGGUGCGUCGCACAUUCCGGUGCAAGAGCCGUUUGCGAUAGUCCGAUAUGCCUCGCUCUUGAGUGCCAAUGGCUCGUCGCAUCGCAACAUCAACUGCCACCUGAUCCCGAUUGGCGCCCUCGAUGCCCGUACGGUGGUCAUGCUGCGCCGCAUUGCGGGGCUUCUCCACGAAGUGCGACACCCCAAUUUGCUCGAAUACGUCGGCGUCGGGGCCAAGGACGGGCACAUGUUUGUGGCCACCGAGUGCCUCGACACGUGUACGCUCCGCGAUAUCCUCCAAACCGAGUCGCUCAACGUGCAGAGUAUUCUCUACUUCCUCUACAACGUGGCCAAAGGCAUGCAGCACCUCCACCAACUCGACAUCAUCCACCGCACGCUCUCGACGCAGUGUGUUUACGUGGUUGUCUCGACGGGCGAGGCCAAGAUCGGCAACUUUGAGUUUUGUCGCCAAGAUGCGCGGCUCGACACCAAGUCGGUCAUGGGCAUUUCGCCGUACGCGGCCCCCGAGAUCCUCAUGGGCACGACCAACUAUACGAAAAGCGUCGACGUGUACAGCUUUGCGAUGCGUACGCCCUACCUCUUUCAAUCCCGUCGCGACGUCGUGCAUCAUGGAGCCAUGUCUAGUCAUUGUUGAAGUGCUGACGCGGA